ACAGUAUUGUAUGUGAAAUCCAGCGUGGACUGAGUCUCACUUCAGUCCAUUAAACUGCAGUGAGUCUGCUGAACACUCUCACUUUCAGGCAGCUCUAGGAAACUGCACAACUCCUGCUCUCACAUCAGCUUCAGCUCAGUCCUUCAGUUCUGCACAGGCUGUUGAAGGAGCAGCACUGCUGUUAUAAAAAUGGAGUCCUCCUUGACAGAACUUGCCACCUUGCUGCCCAACCAGUCCACGGAGAGCUGCCCGUCUGUGGAAAACACAGUAGAAAACACAUUGUUUGGAAUCUACUACAUCAUAGUUUUCCUCCUGGCACUUGGCGGCAACAGCCUUGCCCUGUGGAUCUUUGCCCGCCAGAGAAACAACUCGUCACCAGCCAACGUCUUCCUGCUCCACCUUGCUAUUGCCGACUUGUUUUAUGUCUUUAUUUUACCCCUCAGGGCCACUUAUCAUUUAACUGGAGGUCAUUGGCCAUUUGGUGAAAUCCCUUGUCGUCUGGCAGGCUUUUUCUUCUAUGUCAACAUGUAUGCCAGUUUGUACUUCCUGGCCUGUGUUGCAGGUGACAGAUACCUUGCUGUGGUGCAUGCUGUGCGCUCCCUCAAGGUCAGACGCCCUCGUUACGCUCACAUUGCCAGUUUUGCACUUUGGAUUUUGGUGAUUGUGUCUAUGGCACCCCUGCUGGUCACCAAGCAGACUGUAGAAGUCAAUGGCUCAACCGUAUGUUUGCAACUGUACAGAGAAAAGGCCUCGUGGCGUGCUCUAGUCUCUCUUGUUGUAGCUUUUACACCUCCCUUCAUUGCCACACUUUCCUGCUACCUGCUGAUAGUUAACAGUCUGCGCAAGGGUUCAAGGCUGGAGCCAGCAUUAAAACUCCGGGCUCUUCGUACCAUAGGUCUGGUCAUGUUUAUCUAUGUAGUGUGCUUUUUGCCUUAUCACUUAAGUCGUGCAACUUUUAUCCUGGGCUACGGACACCCAGACCUGUCCUGCCAAAUCAAAAGAGGACUAGCUCUGGCUAACCGUCUUACCUCCUCGCUGACCUGCCUGAAUGGGGCUCUGGAUCCUCUGGUUUACCUGUUUGCAGCGGAGAAGUUCAGGGGAAGCGUUCGCAGGAUUUUCUGCCGAGACAAGUCAGGAGGGUCUGGCGCUACUAGCGGGGAGCUAAAAGGGACACAUGAGAGUUCUCUGAGUGCAAAGUCUGAGUUCUGAAUAAUUAAAUACAGAGGGUAUGAAUAUUUUUCAUCAGAUGAAGUGAUGUCGGCCAACACUUCCUGAUCGUGUAUGGUCAAUAUAAAGUCUAGGCCCAAGAUCAAUUCACACUGCAUUGACAGAUGCUGCCCCAAAGAUCAGAUUCAUGUAUUAACCCUGUUUGGCAUUGCUAGGCACUUCAGUGCUUGACAUGUUCAAAUGUUCAAAGUGCAAAAGUAUAAAGCAUAGUUGCGAUACUUGAUUCUGAUUGGUUAAGCCAUGUUCAAAAAUUACACUACACACAGUUCAUUUAACAAACUGUUUUACGAGUGGCUGGAAGAUCCUUCUGCAUUAUAGAAUUAUGAAUAGAUGACAGGGUUUCAUUUUAGAGCUCACCCUUCUCUGUCUCUUGCUCACAGCAGACUAAUGGAAGAUAUUCUGCCAAACGAUCACAACGAAAGUAAAGUGACAUUUGCCAGAUAGGGUGAACCAUAUUUUGAAUUUGUACUCUGGAUUAUGGCAAUCCAGUGCAAACACUAUGUGAAUGAAUUCCUUAAUUGUAGGGCCCAGGGAGAAGUUGGAGGUUCAGUGCCUUGCUCAAGGGUCUCACCACAUAGUAAUAGUAUUCAUACUGUUUUAUACUUCUGUGUCGAAUGAUCGCCAUGACCCAUGGUGCAUGCCUUGCGCGGAGGCAUGCAUUUAUACUUAUGUGUGCGGUUUGUGUUGUUUUGCAAUAACACUUCCAAAACGCUAGUUGGCAGUAGGUUUUUAUGUUCCUCUGUGUCGAGUUUUUUCGCUGGUGCUUUUUUUUUCUGAAUGCUACCUUAAUGUACAAGUAGCUAAAAUCCAGUCAUUCUGAGGUGGGAACUUGCAGACGUGCAACAAUUUUAACCAUAAGGUAAACACAAAGCAAAACUCUCCAUCUGGAGCUUCUUCACGGGACUCAACGCUUGCUCCAACGGGUUCACGUAGCUCUCGGUCCCGCCCACACUUGUCAGCGCUACUAAGCCGAUUAAGUUUGCGCUAUGCGUCGUUGCGACGUGUGGUUACAUUUUUUGAGAGGUCAGUGUCGGUGUCAGCCACGGCGAGGGCUAUGCAACCACGCGAAGACUGCGCUGGAGCAUACGCAUACUCGUGCACUUGACGCAGAGGAAUAAAUCAGCCUGGUUUAUACUUCUGCAUUAAGUGAUUGGCGUGACUCUCGGCACCUGCCUUGCUCAUAGCCGUGAAUUUAUACUUCUGCAUGCUGUUUGUGUACACUGCAGUAACUCUUCUGAAACGCUAGCUGGCAGUGAGGUUUUUAUGCCCCUCUGUGUCAAGUUUCUUUGCGGGUGGUUUUUUUUUUUUUCUUAAUGUAGCUUAAGUAGCUAAAACUCGUUCAUUCACAGGCAGGAACCGACAGACGUGCAACAACUUUAAUCAUAAGGUAAACACAAAACAUCUGGAGCUCCUUCAUGGGACUUCACUGCCCACACUCGGCACAACAACCAAGCUGACCUAUCACAGAGCUUGUGCUAUGUAGUUACAUUUUUUGAGAGGUGCUCGUCAGUGUUGGCGUCAGCUAUGCAAGGGGGGCUAUGCAAGGAGGGCUAUGCAAGGAGGGCUAUGCAACUGCGCGAAGGCUGCGGCAGACCAUACACGUGUGCUUGACACAGAAGUAUAAAUAAGCCUUUAGUCAUGAUAUUGGUGGUAGAAGAGAGCACUGGUUAUUCACUCCUCCCACCAUCAAUCCCUGCCAGACCUGAAUCUGGCUAUCAAACAAGUAAGCAUUCUCUGCCCUAAUUAAAGAUCAUAAACUUUUUUUUUUUCCUGUCUAUAUCUUUGCAUGGCAUACUUGUUUACCUCAGAAAUACCAUUGUAAGCAAAGUGAAUUUUGUCAAAUUAUAAUUUUAUUACCAACUUUUAUUACUAUAUUUUAAAACCACUUCUGCACUGUCAAGGAAAUUCUUCUCAUGCAGGAGAAACAAUGAUGCCAGGUUUCCAUUCAAUGACUCUUAUUAUAGUCUUUCUUUUUAUGUGCCAUGAACCAGUCUGGUUUAACUUGUAAGUUGUGGCAGUCUCAGAUGUCAAAGUUCUUCAAAGAUUUUUACAUACAAGUCUGUUAUUGUAGGGACAUCAGCAUUACAUCUUCACACCUCUUAACACACUGCUGAAUGAAACAAACUGUGGUUAUUUGCUUUACAGUACUUGUCAAUCAGGUGGCCUCUGUGUAGUCCUCGGCCAAGGAAAUCUAUAUAAAUAAACUAUAAUAGUACUCUUCGGAUAAAUAGAUAAAUAAUGCAUGUAAAAGAAAAUUAAAUAUAUUAUGACAAAAUAAAAUUAGACAAUUUCAGACCAGAUUUUAUUUAAGCUCCUUUAAAGGCAUGUUGCAACUACAUUUUUUAAAAAAGGCUCAUUAUUGUCGUUGUUACUAUCAUGAAGGAAAUGUUCAUUCCUCAAAAGCUUCUUUACAGUAAAAAGUGUUUAGGAUGAUCAAAUCAUAUUUUACACUAAGAAACAAAUAUUUAUAUAUUAAAACAAUUUAAGAAUUUAAAAAAAGGUUAUUUGGGGGACCUAAAAUGGUUCUUCUUUGAAAUCAUUGUGAAAACUUUAUUCUAGAACUUUUAUUUUUAAGAGUGAAACAUUUUAGUGUUUGGUGUCAUUGAUUAUUUUUCAAGCUGAAGAAUUGCCUUUAAUUUAUUGCGGAGUAAGAACACAACACAUAAAUUAAAAUGGAAUAUCUGAAAAGUGACAUCCUAUAAUCAGCGUCUGUUGGUGCAGUAGGAAUUGGCCUUUACGCAUCACCAAAUAUGUGACUUGGAUGUGAAAGUGAUUUGGGGCUAAACUUCAAGGAAUUAGUGACUACUAAGUAAGCUGCCAAAAUAUUGAGGAAUCCGUUGAGGUUUAAGAAGGCGUGACAUGCAUAAACUCUUAUGAUUGCUGUCUUUUAUACGUUAAUGUUUUUUAUUAGCAUAUUGCCUUUUUUGCUAUUGACGUGCGUUGACUUGUACUUGUAAACAGUGAGCACUUCCUUACACAUUCUUAUUGCGUUCAGUGUGAAUUUGACUAAUGAAUUUCAUACCACUUGUCCAAACUAUGCACAUAAUCGUUUUGUAAUGGUCCACUGGGGGAUUUUCUGAUUAUAGCAUUCUCAGGCUGUGGAUAAGAAUGUGCGAGUCAAAAUGAAUACUUCUUUUACAUUCCUUGAUGACUACACUUGUUAUUAAGACACUAUAUAACCAGCUAAUAUUCUCAAUGUAUCUUUUAUUGUUCAAUGUAUAUACAGUGAUGGCUAUUAUAUUCAGAUCUGAAAAUAUUCACCUUUUUUGUUUCCAAAAAUGACAGUUUCAUAUUGUUUCAUGAAGCUUUUAACUGUAAUACUUGUUAUGUCCACAUUUUACAGAAAUUACAGCAGCACAUUACAGAAAUUACUGCUGGCAUGCUGCGUAGCAAUUUGCACACUAUCCGUCCUAAAUAAAUUGUAUUUGAAAAUUGAAUUAAAAUGUCACAAAUCAUAGUAUGUUAAAAUAGUGCCAAAGGUUCCCGGAUGGUUUCCUAUUUGCGGUAAAAUAAAAAUAAAAAAAGCUUAGUGUAGAAGCUUCCAUACUCUAACUGCUGCCCACAGUGGAUGUUGGACGUGAAUUCGAUUAGAACUACAAACGCAGGUGAAAAGUGUAAAUAAACUACAAACAUGGCGGACGCACGAGACCAGCCGUCAAGUAGAAAGGCUUAGGUUAAGAUGUUUGUAUGAAUGUUAAUUAAUAUCUAGCCAACUGAAAAAAACAUUUAAAUCGCGUUUUUUGUGUUACAUUUCAUCUGCAACAACAAUACUGACCAUAUAAAGACGUGUUUGGACAUUAACGUCUGAAUGCAUGAUUAUCCAAAGACCUGAGGAGAUUUAUCUGCAUGAAAGACUUGUGAAUGGGAAUUAACCUGCAGCUGCUUCUCCAAUAAGGUAUGAACUUAAAUUUGACAGAAAUAUGGAUGAUUUAUAGGGCUCAUAACUAAGCAACACAACUAUCUGUUAAUGAGGAAGUAUGUGCCAAAGCUUGCAUCCUCGCCUGUAUGCAUAUAUUUAAAAGUAUAUAUUUUUCCUUCACAAAAAGUACACACUUUUAGGGCGUAGUACCUAGAAUGCGAAUUGGGACACAGCAAGUAUUUCUUGAAAACUUAUAUAAUACUAAUAUUCUCGCAUUUCCUGUGAAAUACGUCUUGUUUUUGUUUUGUUUUUGUUUUGUUUUUUUGUAAGGAAAAUUACCGAAAUCUCCUUAUGAUUACUCUGUUCUAUGAUUUAUAGAGUAUGACUUCUGAAGGAUGGUGUUUCAUUACUCCAUUGAGUUUGCUAAUUCAACAAAACCUAAAUAUGCGAAGUGCUCUAAUGGCAGAUGCUGUGUAAUUACAAUAUUCUAAUGCCAUGAAAUAUUGGUUUUGUUAUCACGUGUUAAAAUAAAUAUGAUAUUCACCCUUAUUUAUAUUUUGAAUUGUAACCAGUUUUUAUACAUGUAUUAUUUUUGUCAUCAUACUUCAUUUAUUUUCUGUAUCUCUCAAGUAAAUACAGUUUGUAAAUACUCUAAAGUGAAUUUAAUAAAUGUAAAUUUAAUAUUCAA